AGUAGCGAUGUUUCGUGUAAUGGAGUGCAGACUCUAAAAGUCUAAACAAUCUACAAUGAGAAUCAUAGACAACAGAAAACUUAGUUGACAUGGCGGAAUAAUCAGCUGUUAAUUGCAAUGCUAACGAAUAAGUGGAAUAAUUCUCGUAGGUAAUAAUUAAUUUCGCAUUAAAUUGGGUUUUAAUUCAUCCUAAGUUUGAAUAAUGCAAGUCGUAUAUAUUUUUAAAGCGAUAAAUUAAAAUUUAUUGAAACAAAAAGGGAAUGGCGCGAUGUCCCUUGUCAUCUGUCAGCUUCAUUCAUUCAUCCAUUGUGCAGAAAAAAUGUGACUUGUUCGCUUUGUAAUUUUGUUUUUAUGUAAUAAGUGCUAGUUGAAUAUUAGAUCCACCCAUUAUUACAUCCCAUUACAUUUACGAAAGUGCUAAUUAUCAUAUUGCAUAAUAAGAACGGGCAGAGUAACAACAGGGCCUGUUACUGUGCUCCAAGUUUAUUCCCUCUACAAAGAGCUUGGUGCGGCGUCGGCAAAUGAAAUGCUUAUUUUUCUUGCGCAGUGAGUUGUUCAGUGUCUCAUUUGAUGAAGAAAUAGAGGUGUUAAUAAAAUAGUGUAGUGUGAACGCAAGCCAGAAUGUCGGGUCGGGUAAGGAAGCAGUCGGACUGCCCCGUGAGCAAGCAGGGGCCUAUGCGAGCAACGCUGCCGGUAUCAUCAGUGAUGAAGAGCGGCGGCCUUAAAAAGAAUGCCAGCAACAGUCCAACGCUGUCACCCACUAACCCUUGGCGUCGAAUAUCACCGGAUCACGCCCUGUCUGGACAGCGAAGCCCUGGCGCUGUCAAUUACAAAGGCAAAAGUAGAUUUGGUGCUAGUGUGAUAAGACGUACAGCAUCAUUGGACACACUGUAUCACAAAGGACAAUGGUCCAGGGAUUACUAUCAACAUGCUAGCCAGUUGCAAAUUGAUAAGUCUACACAAACUGAUGAUGGAGGCGGGGCAUCAGGACGUUCCUCCCGCAGUUCUGAUGAUGACAAGCUAGAUCGUUUCUUGCGUAGUCGCCUUCAGAGACCACACAAACCUUCUGCAUCUGGAGACUACUCCAGCCAUUCCAUGAGCACUGCUCUAUGGUCCCGUUUUGGAGGUAGCAGUGUCCCGUUGAGAGCUGCCAGAUCAUCUGUCGAGGGUCUAAAUCAGGAGAUCGAGAGACUCGUGCUGCAACCAGCAAGUGGCACUCAAACUCCACAUCUAGAUCGGCUAAGAGACAAGGUGACUCCGGAAGGGCAUCGCGCACCUCUUGCGGAACUUCUAAGGCGUUCUGUGAACACACAGACACCACACGAUCUGUGUCAUACUGCUCAUUCUUCAGGAGGCAGCGUGUGUUCUUCUCCAGAUCUCGACGGGUCUAAGUUAGGAACAUCUCCGCAAAUUAAUCGCUUCUUGGCUCGCGAACCCCCAGAUGGUUGUGAAAAGGUGAACCUGAAAGCGGGUGAAGGGACAUCGUCGGAUUCGGUGUCCGUAAUGAAGCCAACGGUACCAGGCUUCACACUGCGGCCAUCUCUCGGGUCUGCGUUCCAGCCACUGCAGCCGACAACACCCCCGUCCCCGCCAGCUCCCCACUGACUUACACCGACGAGCUCGGACGCCGCCCUGGCUGACGGCGCGCAGCGUCCCUCCAACUGGCACCAACGCUAGUGCCCACUCUACGGACUAGAGGGUUCCCUAUCUACCAAACAUUAACUUGCGUUUCACUAACCCUCUCUUUAAACGUCCUAUGUUUGUUGAAGUUGGAACUUACAUUUCCAAUUCCACGUUAGUUCGACGCAGCUACUUUGUGGCGUACAAAUGAAACAUUAUUGUACACGACAGAUGUUGUUGCGAGCUAGUGGUUUAUUUGUACAGUAACAAAAUAGCGUAGUUUCCCAUAGCACUGCAUAAAUGCUAAAUGUUAAUUACUUAUUACAGAAGUUGAACGUGUUAGUGGCAUCCAAAGUUUUAUCACCUAUUCAUAAUAACACGUUUUUAAUUAAUCUGUUGUGACAAUAAUAAACAUUCUAUAAAUGUAUUGUGACGAAAUUAAGAUGUCCUUUGAUACACAUAGUAUUGAAUGUUUGUUAAUUUCCAUCAAAUUUCGAGUGAGAGUAAGAAAUAGAGAUGUUCCAAUGUAUUGAUCUGUUUUAGACUUGCAAUUACUUUGCACAAAUUACUAUUUUGACAAACAGAGCAACCAAAGCAAUUUAAUCGCAGCAUUAGAUCCACUAACGAAGCCAAACAAAUGGCAAAAAUAUUUCAUAUAAACACAAGUACCUACAAAUUGUUUUAUAAGUAAGAUUGCCCUGAUAUUAUUUUAAUGAUUGCAUUAGGUAAUGAGGGAGCUAUUUUUCUAAAAUGUUUUAUUUAGAUAUUUUAGCACUCACUGCUCCAGCUUAAUUAAUUUGUUUACAUGACUGGAUAUAUAUUUGAUCUCAUUUUAUGUAUUAUUUUAAAAUUAUGUACAUAACACUACAUGUUGCAAGCAUAGAAUUUUAAAGUGUUAUAGUAUAAGUCAUUUUAUUUUAUUUUCAAAUACAUGAAGUUUUUGUUAAUGUAAUGAUUGAAGAUAAAUUUACUUCGGACCAAAUUUGUAAAAGGGCCAGAUCAUCUUAUUUGUGGUUAUGGAUAUAUCGGUUGCUAGAACGAUUUUCUAAUGCAAAAGAGCUUUAACUUGUGGGAUUUGAUAAAAGAAAAUGUAAGUAAGAAAAUAGACUGAAUUUUUAAACUUUACUCAUACUUUGAUACAGGUAACUUGACUUUAUUUGUUAUGUAGUGUAGAGUACUAUAAAGUGCCUAUUAUGGACAUGCUUACUUGUUUCUUUACUCUUCAAUGCAUACGUUUGUAAUUCCGUAGUAGUUGAUUUGUUUCACCAAUUCGAUGUUUGAUAUGUUUCGUCAGUAUCUGUAUCAGGUACAUGAGGCAUUUGUUCGCGUAACAUUCGUUUAGGGAAGUUUGGACCGCACUUGUUGGAUUUCUCAUUUUGGCCAAAAUGCAUUUUUAUCAUCGAGACUGAUAAUGUAGUAUGUUGACAACUUACACAUAAACAUAGUUAGAUCUGCUUUUGGACAUACGCAAUUAUUUUUUAAACCUUUUUUAAUAUUCGACGGCAAAUAUAUAUUUUGGAUGGCUCACCUUUGGGAAUAUAUAGUAUUUUAAUCUUAUCAUUGCUCAAACAAAAUUUUUAUUAAGAGCCACAACUUAUGAUAUACGCCGAAUUUGAAGAUGUAACGUGGUGAUUAUAAUAUUUCAAGUUGCUGAUGUAAAUUAGUACCUAUUGAUUAUAUUGGUUAUUCAAUAAACAAAUGUGAUAAUGUAAGGAAACGGUCGAAUCUGAAUGUUGAUCGUCGCUUGACAACUUUCGAUACUGCUAAGUACUAGUGCUAUUGUAACUAUGACUUAACAUGUUGCACAAAAUGGACAGUAUCCAUAAGUUGUGAAGAAUUAUCGAAGGUGCUGCGUAGUGACUAUAAGAGUGUACAGGCUGACCGACUUGUGACAAAGGAGCAGGGUGUUUGGGAUGCGAUUAUAUUGUAAGCAAUCGCACUUGACGGCAGAUAUCAUUUUCGAAUUGACUGCGAAUGUGACAAACUAAACCAGUAUCUGACGCUAUGAAAAAAAAAUGAUUUGGAAAUGUACAAAAAGUAUUAUCAUCAUUCAUUUUUACCUACAUGACGAUUGUGUGUAUGCAUAAGAUUAUAAUUAUGUUGUAUAAAAUGCCACUACAGUCGUAUAGUGAUUAAACAUAUUGUGCAAAAACAUUAAACAUGGAAGAAGAGCCGAGCCAAUAUUUAAAAUCCGGAUUUCUGUGUAAAAUGUUUCUGAAGUAAGUGCAAUAUAGCUGUAAUUCGAGUAAAUAUACAAGCAAACAAUUUACAAUAUAAAUUUUGAAGAUUAUAUGUAUGUACAUUUAAUUUGUUAUAAAUGUCUUGAAGCCUUCAUUGAUCCACAGUUUGAGUUGCUUAAUCAUUGUUGUGGAAACACUUUCUAUAAAGUAAGCUUUAUGAUUAUGUUCGCAUUGCUUCCUAACAGCUUCCAUGUCGCUUCUAGACUCCCCACACUUGGAAUCCAAAACAAUAUUAUGCUUUACUAAUAAUAGACUUAUGUCACAGGUCCAGGUUGUAAUUUAGGAUUUAUAUAAGCCUCUCCCAAUGUCGUUACCUAAUUUAAGGUUUAGUAAGUUUUAGUAAAGGACCCGAAAAAUUAUUAGCUGUUAAUAAAUGUGUGCUAUAAAAUGGUCCCCUUACUGUUUAAUUUAAAGUAACCACUGGGAUGUGGACUGAGGUUCCUAAAUAAAGAUGUUUGCAUUGCCACCACUAUAAGUUAGACUGCUGGUAUGAGCACAGUAUUCCAAAGGACAUCUUUAUUUAAGGACUUGAAAUGUUUUUUAAAGUACAUAAAAUAUUUUUAUAUGUUCAGGGUAGGAGAAGGGUGAGUUGUACCAUAAAAGUAACUUGGCUAGGACCUUAGAUUUGAUAGUUCUUUUAUAGAUGGUUAAUAUUAUUUUAAAGUUUGCUUUUAGAUGAAUGAUAAGUUUGUAAUUUUUAUUAAUACAAUAUUAGAAUUAAAUACUAACAUUUAAACUAAACCAAAAGUGCCCAUUGAGAUAAGUUUAUAAUUCAAGCAAGCCUUUUGUUCGGCAUUUUGUUGAAAAUAAUGUUUAGGCAACAAAAUUAGAAAUUAAGAAAAUUAUCGAAGGAUUGUUGAGUUUUAAGUUAUCUAAAAUUGUUGAGGUUUAUUGAUAAAAAUUUCUUUAGUUUUUUUACAAAUAAUGUUCAACAAAGGGCUUGUUUAGUUAGAGGCAUUAAUUGACAUCAAUAUUAAUAGUAUCUACAUUUAAGUAAUAAUAAGAAUGGUUUUAUUAUAGUUUUGUUUCAGAGAAGAAAUUCUAAUUACUAUUUUUGUUUCCAAUAUUUUAUCACUUUUAUCUGUUUUCACUGUAAUGUAUCUUGCUGUAUUGCAGACAUAUCCAAUAUACAGACUGAUUUAAAACCAA